GAGAAUAUUAUGACAUUUGUGAAGAACGAGCUGAAGAUGUUCAAGAGGAUUCUUAGUCCAGAACUCCCAGAAGGCUUUGAGAGUCAGAAGCAGGAUAAGGAAGUGGUGGAUGCUGAAGAUGAGAAGCAGGAGAGCAGUCAGAGAGGGGCUCUGAAGAUCACUGUGCACGUCCUGAGGAAAAUGAACCAGAAGGAGCUUGCUGACACACUGGAGAAAAAUGAGCUUGCUAUGAUUUGCCAACGUGAACUCAAAUCUAAUCUAAAGAAGAAGUUUCAAUGUGUAUUUGAGGGGAUCGCUAAACAAGGAAACCCAACACUUCUCAAUAAGAUCUACACAGAGCUCUACAUCACAGAGGGUGGAACAGGAGAGGUCAAUAAUGAACAUGAGCUGAGACAGAUUGAGACAACAACCAGGAAACAAGCAAGACCAGAGACUGCAAUCAAAUGUAACGACGUCUUCAAACCUUUAACUGGACAAGACAAACUUAUCAGAACUGUGCUGACAAAGGGAGUCGCUGGCAUUGGAAAAACAGUCUCUGUGCAGAAGUUCAUUCUGGACUGGGCUGAAGGAAAAGCAAAUCAGGAUGUCCAAUUUGUAUUCAUUCCCUUUCGGGAGCUGAAUUUGAUGAAAAAGGAAAAACACACUUUCAUUGAACUUCUCAAUCACUUCUCAAUGGAAACCAAAGAAUCAAGGAUCUCCAACUAUGACAAGUACAAAGUUCUGUUCAUCUUUGAUGGUCUGGAUGAGUGCCGACUGCCCCUAGACUUCCAGAAGAACAAGAUUUGUUGGGACGUCACAGAGUCAACCUCAGUGGAUGUUCUGCUGACAAAUCUCAUCAAGGGAAAUCUGCUUCCCUCUGCUCUCCUCUGGAUAACUACCCGACCCCCAGCAGCCAAUCAGAUCCCUUCAGGGUGUGUUGACCAGGUGACAGAGGUACGAGGGUUUAAUGACCCACAGAAGGAGGAGUACUUCAGGAAGAGAUUCAGUGAUGAGGACCUGGCCAGCAGAAUCAUCUCCCACAUAAAGACAUCAAGGAGCCUCCACAUCAUGUGCCACAUUCCAGUCUUCUGUUGGAUUUCUGCAACAGUCCUUGAACACAUGUUGAGUACAGACAAGACAGAAGAGAUGCCCAAGACUCUGACUGAGAUGUACACGCACCUUGUGGAGUUUCAUACCAAACAGAAGAAUGAAAAGUAUCUUGGGAAAGAAGAGACAGGUCCACACUGGAAUAAAGAGAGCAUUCUGUCACUGGGAAAACUGGCUUUUCAACAGCUUGUUGACGGCAAUCUGAUUUUCUAUGAAAAAGACCUGAAAAAGGCUGGCAUUGAUGUCAAUGAAGCCUCAGUGUACUCAGGAUUGUGCACUCAGCUCUUUAAAGAGGAAUGUGUGCUGUACCAGGACAAGGUGUACUGCUUCGUGCAUCUGAGCAUUCAGGAGUUUCUGGCUGCUGUAUAUGUGUUCCUCUCAUUCAUCAACAACAAUGAGAAUCUAAUGGCCGAACCUCAAUCAACAUCCAGCAACUUUUCUGUGAGGAUCAGACAGAAGCGUAAAGUUACUGUCUACAAGAGUGCUGUGGAUAAAGCCUUACGAAGUGAGACAGGAAACCUGGACCUUUUCCUCCGCUUCCUUCUGGGACUCUCACUGGAGUCCAAUCAGAAUCACUUACGAGGUCUACUGACAAAGACAAGAAGCAGCUCACAGAGCCAUGAAGAAACAGUCAAGUACAUCAAGAAGAAGAUCAGGAAGAAUCCCUCUCCAGAGAGGUGCAUCAAUCUGUUCCACUGUCUGAAUGAACUGAAUGACCAUUCUCUAGUGGAGGAGAUCCAAAUCUACCUGAGAUCAGGAAGUCUCUCAGAAGCCAAACUGUCACCUGCACAGUGGUCAGCUCUGGUCUUUGUGUUGCUGACUUCAGAAAAGGAGCUGGAAGUGUUUGACCUGAAGAAAUACUCCAGAUCAGAGGAAGGUCUUCUGAGGCUGCUGCCAGUGGUCAAAGCCUCCCACUCUGUCAGGCUGUCAGGCUGUGGAGUCACAGAGAAAGGCUGUGCUUCUCUGGUCUCAGCUCUGAAGUCAAACCCCUCACACCUGAGAGAGCUGGAUCUGAGUAACAAUGACCUGAAGGAUUCAGGAGUGAAGCUGCUCUCUGCUGGACUGGGGAAUCCCCACUGUAAACUGGAGACUCUGAGGCUGUCACGCUGUCUAGUCACAGAGGAAGGCUGUGCUUCUCUGGUCUCAGCUCUGAAGUCAAACCCCUCACACCUGAGAGAGCUGGACCUGAGUAUCAAUGACCUGAAGGAUUCAGGAGUGAAGCUCACACUGGACCUAAACACAGUAGACAGAUUCCUCUCUCUGUCUGAGGAGAACAGAAAGGUGACAGGUAGGAGAGAGAAGCAGCCGUAUCCUGAUCACCCAGAGAGAUUUGAGGACUGGGGACAGGUGCUGUGUAGAGAGGGUCUGACUGGGCGCUGUUACUGGGAGGUAGAGUGGAGUGGGAGAUGGGCUGGUAUAGGAGUGACAUAUAAAGGAAUCAGCAGGAGAGGAGAGGGUAAGGACUGUGGGAUUGGAUGUAAUGACAAGUCCUGGAGUCUGUUCUGCUUUGACAACCAUUACUCUGCCUGUCACAAUGAUAAGUCCACUACCAUAGACGUCCCCUCCUCCAGCUCCCACAGAGUAGGAGUGUAUCUGGACUGGCCAGCCGGCACUCUGUCCUUCUACAGAGUCUCCUCUGACACACUGACCCACCUGUACACAUUCCACUCCACAUUCACUGAGCCCCUCUAUCCAGGGUUUGGGGUUUAUGGUGUUCAUGGUGACUCCUCAGUGUCCCUGUAA